ACGUCAUCCGCGAACGCGAUAAUCCGUAAUCAUUUUCAUUUUUUCGUGGAGGAGGAUGAUUGCGGUGGUCUCUCUGUAUUUGUUAUAAAAUUCGGUCAAAAGUGGUGCUGUGAGUGAAAUAGUGACUGUGUUAUUUACUCUGUUUUGCAGCGGAGUCUGUCACCGCAACCAUGUUUAGCUGGCUAAAGAAGGAAGGUGAAAAAUCCGAAAGUAUCGAAAAUGUCGUGGAGGGUCUCAAAAGGAUUUACAAAACGAAACUUUUACCGCUGGAACAGCAUUAUCAGUUUCAUGACUUCCACUCACCGCAGCUAGAAGAGCCAGAUUUUGAUGCAAAGCCCAUGAUAUUGCUCGUCGGGCAAUAUUCGACUGGUAAAACUACGUUUAUCAAAUAUCUUUUGGAGCGAGACUUUCCGGGCAUUCGUAUCGGACCGGAGCCGACAACAGAUAGGUUUAUAGCGGUGAUGUACGAUGAAAAAGAGGGCGUAAUACCUGGUAACGCACUCGUUGUUGACCCCAAAAAACAGUUCCGGCCGCUCAGCAAGUUUGGAAAUGCAUUUUUAAAUAGAUUCCAAUGUUCCACGGUCAGUUCUCCAGUGCUUCGCGGCAUUUCUAUCGUAGACACCCCCGGCAUUCUGUCUGGCGAGAAACAGCGUGUAGACCGAGGCUAUGAUUUCACAGGAGUCUUGGAAUGGUUUGCAGAGCGGGUGGACCGCAUUAUCCUUUUGUUUGACGCCCACAAAUUAGACAUUUCAGACGAAUUCAGACGCAGUAUUGAAGCGCUGAGGGGGCACGACGAUAAAAUCCGUAUUGUACUAAACAAGGCUGACAUGAUUGACCACCAACAGCUCAUGCGAGUGUAUGGUGCUCUCAUGUGGUCACUAGGCAAAGUGCUUCAAACCCCCGAGGUAGCUCGAGUUUACAUUGGUUCAUUCUGGGACCAACCUCUCCGAUACGAUGUUAACAGAAGGCUAUUUGAAGAUGAAGAGCAGGAUCUCUUCAGAGACAUGCAAUCAUUACCUAGGAACGCUGCUUUACGUAAACUGAAUGACCUGAUCAAAAGAGCACGAUUGGCGAAGGUCCACGCUUAUAUUGUCAGUGAAUUGAGGAAAGAAAUGCCUUCGAUGUUUGGCAAAGACGGUAAAAAGAAGGAAUUGAUCAAAAAUCUGGGUCAGGUGUAUGAUAGAAUCCAAAGAGAACAACAGAUAUCUCCCGGCGACUUCCCCGAUAUUAAGAAGAUGCAGGAGACGUUAGCAAAUCACGAUUUCACGAAGUUCCACCCGUUGAAACCGAAGCUCCUCGAGGUCGUAGAUCACAUGCUGGCGACGGAUAUUGCACGCCUGAUGGACAUGAUCCCACAAGAAGAUGUCAACAUUGUAUCGGAACCGCUGAUUAAGGGUGGUGCCUUCGAAGGCGUAGAAGACCAAGUCUCGCCCUUCGGCUACGGCAGGGGCGAAGGCGUCGACGCCGGCCACGGCGACCCCGAGUGGAUCUGCAGCAAAGAGAAGCCCAGAUACGACCAAAUCUUCCAAUCCCUGGACCCCAUCGACGGAAAAGUCACUGGAGCUGCGGCGAAGACAGAGAUGGUGAAAUCGAAACUGCCCAACUCCGUGCUCGGAAAGAUCUGGAAGCUUUCCGAUAUCGACAAGGAUGGUUUCCUCGACGAUGACGAGUUUGCACUCGCGAUGCACCUCAUCCGAGUCAAGAUCGACGGGCAUGACCUCCCUUCAGAAUUGCCCCCACAUCUCGUGCCCCCUUCGAAACGCAACUAAAUAUUUGUUGUAUUCCAGACGAAGACAGCGCACCAGAGCCGUCUAUGAGGGCAGUCGAACAAGACACAGAAAAACAAAAGAAAGUAAGAGGACGCAAUUUGUGUUGUAUGUA